CGUGGUUUGUAAGAUCGAUGGAAGAAGGAAAAGGAAUAGAAGAUGGAAAGAUAAAUAAGUUUUCGUGCGCUUGUGCCAUUGUUGCUUCUAUGAUAUCUAUCAUCUUUGGUUAUGAAACGGGCGUUAUGAGCGGAGCCAUGAUCUUUAUCAAAGAUGAUCUCAAAAUCAACGACACACAAAUCCAAGUCCUAGCCGGAAUCAUCAACUUUUGUGCUCUAAUAGGCGCUCUAUGCGCCGGUAGAACCGCCGAUUACAUAGGUCGUCGCUACACCAUAAGCCUAGCCUCCACCAUCUUCCUUUGUGGAUCCUUACUAAUGGGCUUUGCACCAAACUAUGCAGUCUUAUUGACGGGCCGAUGUGUAGCCGGUAUUGGAGUAGGAUUUGCACUUGUUAUUGCUCCGGUUUACUCAGCCGAGAUUUCAGCUACUAGUACUAGGGGAAUCCUAGCUUCAUUACCCGAAAUUGGGAUUAGUUUGGGUAUUUUAUCAGGAUAUAUAUCAAACUACUUUUGUGGAAAACUAGCUUUGAACAUUGGUUGGAGGGUAAUGUUCAUAAUUGCCACCAUUCCUUCUAUAGCAUUAGCUUUAGGCAUUUUAAAAAUGCCAGAAUCCCCAAGAUGGCUCGUCAUGCGGGGCCAUCUUAGGGAUGCAAAACAGGUUUUGUUAGAAGUGUCACACACUAAAGAAGAAGCUCAAUCCCGACUCCAAGACAUCAAACUAGCAGCCGGGAUAGACCUUAAUUGUAAUGAUGAUCAUGUCACACUCAAGCAACAAACACGUGGCAAAGGUGUAUGGAAAGAGUUACUCCUAAGACCAACUCCACCGGUCCGAUGGAUGCUACUAGCUGCCAUUGGUAUUCAUUUUUUCGAGCAUGCAACUGGGAUCGAAGCUGUAAUUUUGUAUAGCCCACGGAUCUUCAAGAAAGCCGGUGUUAAAUCUAAGGACAAGCUCUUGUUAGCUACAAUAGGAGUCGGGGUCACGAAAACCAUUUUCAUAACCAUAUCCACUUUCUUUAUUGAUAAAGCUGGAAGGCGAAAACUUCUAUUGACGAGUGUUGGAGGAAUGAUAGUUGCCCUACUAGGACUAGGAAUGGCUUUAACCAUUGUGAACCAAGCUCAUGACCAAAAGGUAGUUUGGGCACUUUGGUUAAGUAUAGCUACAUGUUAUUUAUAUGUCAUGUUUUUCUCACUUGGGCUUGCACCAGUAACAUGGGUUUAUAGCUCUGAAAUAUUUCCUUUAAAGUUAAGAGCACAAGGAGCAGGUAUUGGGGUGGCUGUAAAUAGGGCUACUAAUGCAACUGUGUCAAUGACAUUUCUGUCGAUGAGCAACGCAAUUACUAUCGGCGGGGCGUUUUUCUUGUUUGCUGGCAUGUCUGUUUUGGCUUGGAUCUUCUUCUUCUUUUUCUUGCCCGAGACUAAAGGGAAGUCACUUGAAGAGAUGGAGCAGGUUUUCACAAGAGGAAAAAAAUCAGGAAAUGUAGAUAUUGAAUUGCAGACUGAAAACCAUGUUAGCAGACUGACAAUAUAAGACGUAUUAUACUUUGCA